AUGAAUAAUUCUCAUCAUGUUAUUGAUGAUGAUAUACUCGGAGAGAUUUUAUCUUUUCAUUCCGAUGAUUUUAAAUUUAUUGCAAUGAGUUGUGCACUAGUUUCAAAACAGUGGUUGAAAAUUGUUAGAGAAAGAUGUAAACUUUCGGUAAUAUGUAGGAAUGAUAGAAUGGUGAAAGGUCAAUUUUUACAAAAUAUUGUAACUUUAAAAGUGGAAAAUAGAGAUUUAUCUUUUAAAUUUGAUUGUAAAAUAUUGGAAUUGAUGAAGCAGUUGACUGUUCUUGAUAUUCAUUAUAACAAUCUUGGUAGUGAAGAUAUAAAACACAUUAGUCAACUGAAGAAAUUAAGAAUUCUUGAUAUUACUGCCAAUGAUUUUGGUAAUGAAGGUGCUAAAUACAUUAGCAAAAUGAAUCAAUUGACUCAUCUUGAUAUGUGUGGGUAUUUGUAUCCUAUCGAUAUGGGGGGAGCCAAGUAUAUCGGUAAUAUGCAACAACUAAGAUAUCUCGAAAUAUCAGAAAAUGAAAUUGGAGAUGAAGGAGCAAAAUCUAUUAGUCAACUCAACCAGUUAACCACACUGCUCAUCCUUUCGAAUAAUAUUGGUCAUAUAGGAGCUCAAUACAUUGGUAGAAUGAAUCAAUUGACUAGUCUCAACAUUAGUAACAAUGAUAUUGGAGUUGAAGGUGCUAAACACAUUCACUCUUUGAAACAAUUAACCUAUCUCUAUUAA